AGCUGGGUCUUCCACUAACGUCGUGUGUGUGUGUGUGUGUGUGUGUGUGUGUGUGUGUGUGUGUGUGUGUGUAGCUGUAACGAUGUUAACGGGCAUGCUAGUUAGCCAACAAGCUUAGCCGCUGCAGCUAACCGUGUUACCGUUAGCUGGUGUUAGCUGCCGUGCUAGCGUUGCUAACUCGGGUCUUCGUUCAACUAAGCAGCCACAUCGGUGUUUAAAGCCUGAAUGUGACAGCGGCGGGUCGUGGUGUUGAAUCGUGAGCUAUCUUGCCAAAAACCUGGGCGGCUGUGGAGGUCCAGGGAUACGAUUAAUGCCAUUUUUGUUUGCCUAGUUGUCAAAACCGAAGUCCCGCGGUUGACUCUGCGAUUCGGCAUCAUGGGCCUUGAACCCUAGCGUGCUUUAACCCUUCAAUGUUGACCUUUCACCCACAGGAAAAGAAAUACCUUUAUCUUCCGUAUCGAUUUUAAAUAGCUGGCUGUCGGGAGCUUGUUUUGUGUCACUAGCACAGCUUUGCCGCUCAUUAGUCGUCACUAUAAAGUGAUUUUAAGCUGUAUAUUAUAAGGCCACCAAUUGUACAGUUACACGCUAGCGCCGGCUAACGCUAGAUUCCGUAGCACAGGCCACGGACUGACAUUAGAAAGUGACAUACUGUAAUAAAUCAGAUGUUUGUGUUUUACUCUUUCACUCGUUCUUCACGGCUCAUUCUGAUGUGGUUUGCUUUUAACAUUGUUUAUAAGUAUCGAUCAAGCUGUGCUCAGAUAUAUCUUCUAGCUAUAAGGGAGAGGUAAAUGAAUAUAAACAGGACGAGAGGGAUACGAGUAACAGUGUGUGAGCCUCAUGGGGCACUGAUGUGAAGAGCAGUGGAAGAAGGUGCGUGCAGUAUCAGAAUGGAUGGACAGACGCAAAGGAUUCAACUUGUGUCAGCAGACAGCAGCAUGGCAUUAGGACACCGAAUUCAGAUUGUAACGGAUCAGCAGACUGGUCAGAAGAUCCAGAUCGUCACAGCACUUGAGCCAUCUUCCCCGGGAAAGCAGCAGUUUAUUCUCGCAAACGCUGAUUAUUCCUCUGGUGGGAAGGUGAUCCUGACUAAGCAGGAAGGCUCACCCAAUAAGGUGAUCCUCACGUCUCCAGAUGGCUCUGGGGUUAACCAGCUGCUGUUUGCCUCCCCUGAACUGGCUGGGCAGCAGAUUCAGUUUGUGACUGAAGGGUCAGACCAGUCUAUUGUGAAGCCAGUUGUGGAGUACUGUGUUGUCUGUGGGGAUAAGGCCUCAGGGCGUCAUUACGGAGCUGUCAGCUGUGAGGGCUGUAAGGGCUUUUUCAAACGCAGCAUUAGAAAGAACCUAGUGUACACAUGCAGGGGCUCUGGAGAGUGUGCCAUCAACAAGCUCCACAGAAACCGCUGCCAGUAUUGUCGACUGCAGCGCUGCAUAGCUCUGGGAAUGAAACAGGAUUCUGUGCAGUGUGAGAGGAAGCCUGUGGAAGUGACCACCAGAGAGAAAUCGGUCAACUGUGCAGCCUCCACUGAGAAGAUCUACAUUCGCAAGAACCUUUGUAGCCCUCUAGCUGCCACACCUACUUUUGUAACUGACAAGGAAACUGCAAGGUCUACAAGUUUGCUUGAGUCAAGCAUGUUGCUCAACAUCCAACAACCCUUCCCCAAGCUGGAAAACACCAUCUUGAUUCCAGCAUCCCCGGACAAGCAGGAUGAUCUAUCUCAAGGUGACCUCGGCACGCUGGCAAAUGUAGUGACAUCCCUCGCCCACCUCAACAAGACCAGGGAGGCAAGUGACAGUGGCAAUGACCUGAUGGGAGUUGAAACGCUUAGCAACGGGGACAGCUCCAUGACAGACAUCCAAGGAGAUGAGCAAACUGCAAGUGAUAUCACUCGAGCUUUUGACACCCUGGCCAAGGUCCUGCACCCUGGUGACGGUUCAGCAGGAGAGUCCUUGGAAGCCACAAUGCAGCUGAUGUCAGGGGACCAAUCAGGUCCUGUGGUCGAGUUAGAAGGACCUCUACUCUCUGACAGCCAUAUCCCUUUCAAGCUUAUGAUGCCUUUGCCUGUGCCAGAGUACCUCAAUGUCAACUACAUCUGUGAGUCAGCUUCCCGGCUACUUUUUCUCUCUAUGCACUGGGCACGCUCUAUUCCUGCCUUUCAAACUCUUGGUGGUCAAGACAAUGACAUUAACUUAAUGAAAGCCUGCUGGAAUGAACUGUUUGCCCUGGGUCUGGCACAGUGCUCCAACGUUAUGAAUGUUGGUACCAUCCUAAGUGCCAUUAUCAGCCAUCUGCAGACCAGCUUACAGGAAGAUAAGCUGUCCCCUGAGCGAGUAAAACUAGUAAUGGAGCACAUCUGGAGGAUGCAGGAGUUCUGUAACAGCAUGAUCAAGCUGUCCCCAGACUCUUACGAAUAUGCCUACCUCAAAGCCAUCGUUCUCUUUAGUCCUGAUCACCCAGGCAUCGAUAAUACCCCACAGAUAGAGCGGUUUCAAGAGAAGGCCUACAUGGAGCUGCAGGACUACGUAACCAGGACCUACCCAGAAGACUCUUAUCGGUUAUCCAGGCUGCUGCUGCGUCUUCCUGCCCUCAGGCUGAUAAGUGCAGCUGUCACAGAGGAGCUGUUUUUUGCCGGGCUCAUCGGCAACGUGCAGAUCGACAGCAUCAUCCCAUACAUCCUCAAAAUGGAGUCCACCGAUUAUAAUAGCCAGGCAGGCUCUGGGGUCUGACACACUGUGCCAUUUGUAACCGCAACAUUGGACUGUUAAAAAACACGACAGCCAACCAAUCAGAGUUCUCCACAGAACGAUCACCAAGUGGUCAUAACAUACUGUAUUUAUGACACAGCAUCCAAUGGGAAUUCUGUUUUCACUCUUACCUUGCUCCUGCUUCUGAAUCCUCAGUAACCAGUCAGUAGAGCACAACAGGACUAAUAAAAUCCAGGCCCAUUCAGGAAUGAACCCUUGAAACCUGCAUAGUAGAUUGCGCUUUUUAUUGUACAUAGUAUUUUAUGCUUCAUUGCCUCCAGGCCUUUCCUUUUUCUGCAGACAUUGUUUGUACUUUGAAGGAAUCAGGAUGGUUUGUUUUUUCACUGCUUUCCUACAUGGUCAUGCUUUUUUAUUUUCUAAUAAUUAUGAGGAAAAGAAACUUGUCAAUGUGAAAUGAUUCGUGAGAUGUUGUUAUCGCUAAAGGUUAUAACCUUUUAUUUCUUAUUUGUUUGCCAGUCCAAAGGAUCAGGCAGCAACACUUGUCAAAUAUUUGACAUCAUCAUGUGGAUCUGAAGUAAUUGUAAAUAUAGAUUUGUGUAUAGAAUGCGCCAAGAAGGCUACAAUGGGCAGCACUUGGUAAUUAAAGGGUUCAGUAUUUUGGACAAAUUAAUGUGGAUGCAAAUGAUGGUCAAGUCCUUUGAAAAUAAAAACACCCUUCAGUCA